UAGGCCUGUGACUGUCGAGAUCCCUCCACCUUACUAGGAUCAAACAUUCCUCCGUCUAUGAAAGACUUACAAUAAAUAUUUUCCCCGAGUAGCAUCCAAAUACACGCACAUAACGCGUUGGUUAAUUAAAUUUAAAAUCUGCAUCAACACUUCGAUAUUCGCCUUUUUCCUACCUUCGCAACCCAGUUCCAUUGUCAAGAUGCCCGUCUUCGUUCAGCGUCCCGCGCCAGCCUUCACAGCUACCGCAGUCAUUGAGGGUGAAUUCAAGGACAUUUCCCUGUCUGAGUUCUUGGGCCAAUGGGUGAUUCUUUUCUUCUACCCAAUGGAUUUUACGUUCGUUUGUCCAACUGAGAUUUUGGCUUUCAAUGAUGCGCUUCCUCAAUUCGAAGCGCUGAAUGGACGCGUUCUCGGUGUUUCCACGGAUUCCCAGUACUCCCACUUUGCAUGGGCGCAGCAACCGAGGAAGCAGGGUGGCAUUGGGCCCGACCUCAAGCUUCCUUUGAUUGCGGAUAGGAACAUGAAAAUAUCCAAGGAUUAUGGUGUCCUCAUCGAGGAAGAAGGCAUUGCACUGCGCGGUCUGUUCAUUAUUGACCCCAAGGGUAUCGUCAGGCAAAUCACCAUUAAUGAUCUGCCCGUCGGUCGAUCCGUGGACGAAACCAUCCGUCUUCUUAAGGCCUUCCAAUUUGUGGAGGAACAUGGAGAGGUCUGCCCUCUGGGUUGGACUGAGGGUGCUAAAACCAUCAAGCCGGAUCCCAAAGGAUCUUUGGACUACUUCUCGACGGUGGAUGCUGCGGCAACCAACGGUCAUACGAACGGGAGUGCCAAGAAACGUCCUCGCACAGAUUAAUAAUUUACAAUGGUGUGUAUGACAGCUAGAUCAUGGCAGACGCCUCUUGUGUCGCUAGAACACCAAGGUAGACAAUUGAUAUCCAGUCAUUUAAUUCCCCCGUACAUAUUACUUGCAUAUCUAUAUAUACCUUAUGUUACAUCCCGGAUGAAAACGUCGACUUCCAA